AUGUCUCCGUCAAUGGACAAGAGCGAGAUUCAAUACAUCGAUGAGAAGGCGGAAUCGAUCGAGUCGCCGAAACCACAUCAGAUCAUCAAGAUCGACAACUUCCAAGUGCUAGGUUUGGCACCUGAGGAUGCGGACUUCUACAUCAACUACUCGGAUGAGCAGAGGAAGAGAGUAAUCCACAAGGUGGACAUCCGCUUGGUCCCAAUGCUUGCGAUCCUUUAUCUCAUAUCUCAUAUCGAUCGAGCGAACAUCGGAAACGCAAAGAUCGAAGGCAUGGUCACUGACCUCGGUCUCGAUGGGGUGCAAUGGAACAUCGUUCUAUCGGUGUUCUUCGUGCCAUACAUCCUUCUUGAAGUUCCCUCGAAUAUUCUUUUGAAGAAGUUCAAACGUCCAUCCUACUACCUUGGCAUACUUAUCGUAUGUUGGGGCAUUGUUAUGACUUCGAUGGGCGUGGUGAAGAACUUUGCUGGGUUGCUAGCUACUCGUAUCCUUCUCGGCGUGUUCGAGGCUGGAUUCUUUCCGGGCGCAAUCUAUCUUUGCUCUUACUGGUACAUGCCAAAGGAUCUCGCGACGAGAAUCUCGUACUUCUAUUGUGCAUCGGCACUAUCUGGAGCAUUCAGUGGUCUGCUUGCCGCAGCCAUCGCCAAGAUGGAUGGCGUCGGAGGAUACGAAGGUUGGAGAUGGAUCUUUCUUUUGGAAGGCAUCGUUACUGUUGCACUCGGUGUCUCGUGCUUCUUCCUCUUGAUCGACUCCCCUGCCUUGAGCGGACGAUGGUUAAAGCCUGACGAGAUUCGCUUCCUCGAGCUCCAACGAUUCAUCAAGGACGGUGGAAGGUUUGGAGAGGAAAAGCAAGAGAGUUUCAAGUGGAGCGAUUUGAAGGCCGUGUUAUGCAACUGGCGCCUAUACAUGCAAGCAUACAUCCUGCUCUGCAUAUCGGCGUGUUCAUACGGAACGAAGUUUACCUUGCCCACCAUCACGAAGAGUAUGGGAUUCGACAACACCAAUGCUCAACUCAUGACGGUGCCGCCGUACGUGGCCGGCGCUUUGAGUUCGAUUUUCUUUGCUAAGCUCUCUGAUCGGUUUUACUGGCGUUUGCCGUUCGUCGCUAUUCCCCUUUCCUUCAUCUUUAUCGGGUACGCUGUGGUCAUUUCAUUCGAUGGCGACCUCGGUGGCAACAUCGGUCCGGCUUUCUUUGCCAUCAUCUUGACCUGCAUGGGUAUCUACCCCAUUCAACCGGCCGGAAGCAGUUGGGCAGCCAACAACCUUGCCCCUUCUUCUCGCCGUGCCAUUGGCGUUGCCUUCAACAUCUGCGUUGGCAACAUCGGAGGCGUCAUUGGCAGCUAUAUGUACCUCGAGAGCGAGAAGCCAAAGUACUACACUGGUUUUGGGCUGUCGUUGGCAUUCGGCGCGACUGGUUUCAUUGUUGCGUUCCUGUUGGAGUUGUCGUACAAAUGGGGCAACACGAAGAAGGCAAGGCUCAGCGAGGAUGAGAUUCGGGCAAAGUAUUCAGACCAAGAGCUACUGGACAUGGGUGACAAGUCUCCGUUGUUCCGAUACACUUUGUAA